CAAAUAAAGAAAAGAACAAAGGCAAACUGGAAUUGCAACAUUCCACCACCGAAAAACCCACACUCCUCACAAAAAUAGCAGCUUUUCUUUCCUCUCCUUUCGCCAUAUCCCCAUAACCAGCAAAGCCACUCCCUUUUUUCCCCUUCUCUCUCACACAGUAGUACGUGAGAGAGAGAGAGAGAGACGCAUCAUAAUUUAACGCUGAAUCUACCACUUAAUCUUUUUGUUGGGAACUCAAACUUUCCUCCACCAAUAUAGUAUAAAUAAGCCUGCAACAUACCUCUUGGUUACUGCAAGCAUUAGUGCCUUUCAAGCUACAGCCAACACUGCAGAAUCUGCAGACUUUUCUCCAUCGUAUAAGCCUACCCUUAUUUACCUGAUAUAAAUCACUUUUAAACUUUGCCAGCCUCGAUCAAUCUCACUUUCUUUCUCUCUCAAAAAAUCUUCCGAAAUGACAAUGUGUUGAAAGAUCUUUACAGAUUCUCAACUCUUUCUUUUCUGUAUGUAGCAUUCCAGAAGUGGGAUUUCUUUUCGGAUUGUUGCAGGUACUUAUUUAUGCGAAUGCAUGAACAAGUUGACAUAUUUGAGUUAUCAUACACAAGGGCAUCCUCUCUUUGUUCAAUACUGUCUAUUAAGCACUUCAAGUAGUAGUCUUGUUCAGGGAUUUUUCAGAGGGCAAAAGGGAGUCUUGCAACGACAUCUUGUUCUCGAUAUUAUGGAGUUUAGAACAAUGAUUUUGAGCCACUUUUUGGUGAUUUCUUUGGCCUUGAACGCGGGGCUUCUGUACAGAGACUACUGCAAUGGAAGGCACAAGGCCCAAGAUGUUUUCAGCUUCAACAAUGACUGCAAAAACUCAUCUUUGGUUACAAAAAGGGAUGCUCAUGUUGCCAAAAGUAAAAGGGCUUUUCUUGAAACUAAAACGCAAUCUUCUUCUCCUUCUCCAAAUUCUCUGGGUGACAUCAUCGAUCUUGAUCAUGGCGAUCCAACAAUGUAUGAGAGAUACUGGCAACAGAUGGGGGACAAAACUACAGUUGUGAUUCCUGGCUGGAAAUUCAUCAGUUAUUUCUCUGAUGUCAGAAGCCUUUGCUGGUUUUUAGAGCCGGAAUUUGCAAAUGCAGUUAUCAGGCUGCACAAACUGGUAGGCAAUGCUGUCACUGAAGACCGGUACAUUGUUGUCGGAACCGGUUCCACGCAGCUUUUCCAGGCUGUGCUGUAUGCAGUUUCUCAACCCAAUGCCUCGGAGCCAAUCAGCGUGGUAUCUGCUGCACCCUUCUACUCGUCGUAUCCAUUGAUUACUGAAUUUCUGAAGUCGGGGCUUUACAAAUGGGCUGGGGAUGCUCACAAAUUCAACAAAGAUAAGCCGUAUAUUGAACUAGUGACGUCGCCAAACAACCCUGAUGGAUUAUCAAGAGAAGCUGUGGUCAAACAGGAUCAGGGAAUACUUAUCCAUGACCUAGCUUACUACUGGCCACAGUAUACUUCAAUCUCUUCUUCUCCUGCAGAUCAUGAUAUCAUGCUGUUUACAGUUUCAAAAAGCACCGGCCAUGCUGGCAGCCGUCUGGGUUGGGCUCUUGUUAAGGAUCAGGAAAUCGCCAAGAAAAUGACUGAAUUCAUUGUGCUCAGCACCAUUGGAGUGUCCAAAGAGUCACAGCUUCGCGCAGCAAAGAUUUUACAAGUUUUGUCCGAUUCCCAUGAACACAGAGGUAGUGUCAAGGAAGUGGAAGCCUUCUUUGAUCAUAGUUACAACCUCAUGGCAAGGAGGUGGAAGCAACUUAGAGAUGCAGUGAAAAGGAGCAAGCUCUUUAGUUUGCCGGAGUUUCCCCACAGCAAGUGCGCCUUUAGUGGUCGUACGUUUGCAUCACAACCAGCUUUUGCAUGGCUGAAGUGUGAAGGUGAAACGGAGGACUGUGAGAGCUUUCUUCGCAACCAUAAGAUACUAACUAGAAGCGGGAAGCACUUUGGGGAGAGCCCGAAAUAUGUUAGGAUCAGCGUUUUGCCCCGUGAUGAAGUAUUUGAUCAAUUUACGCAGAGAUUGUCCAGUAUUACUUCUUCAUAGUCCUAAGUUGUUUCUAAUUUUUUUUGUGUGUGCGAUAAAGGUUUUAGGCAGACGGGGCUGGUAGGUAAACACGGCUUGUAUUGAUGUUUCGCACUAUCUUCAUAUAACUCCUAUACAUAGUAAA